AUGACUGUUGAAGAUACACUUUCUGUCUUUUGCACUCUUGAGUGUCGAGAAAGGGUUGAAGCCUAUAAAAUACACAACGCUGAGCUAAUUGAAGAUUAUAAUGACAUUAAAAGAAAAAAUUUCACUUUGACUAAUAACGAAAAACAUUUUAAGGAGAAAAUCGAAGCUCAGCAAAAGGACAUCAUUCAACUCAAGGAUGAUGUUAAUGUAGCUACGACCCAACUUUUCAUGGUUAACGAAAAACUAUGCAUUGUGACUAAAGAACUGGAGGAUAUCAAAGAUAAAUAUCAAAUAAAUGAGCUAAAUAUUAAAAAGUUUGAUUCCUCUAGCAAAUUAGUCAAAAACCUGUGUGAUCAACAGCUAGCAUACCAUAAAAGGAAAGGGUUGGGAUUGGGUUAUAAUCAGGCUCCUCCUCCGUAUAAUGACAAUUACACUUACUUGCCCAUGACUGAGGAGGAGAUAAUGAAUGAAAGCAAAAUGACAUAUGGUCCCAAAAACAAUAAGUCAUCAGCUGAUGUCAGACCUGUUGAAAAACAGGUGGUUCAACCAGUUUGUUUUGUGUCCAAGGGUACUUUUGAUCCUAACGCUUCUUCAUCAUGUGCAGAUGAAGUACCUGAAAUAAGACGGGGAGAUAUGUUUGGGAAUGAACCAGAUUCAAAUUCAAAUUUUUCUAAAAACUCAAUAAAUGAAACAGCUUCUGAAUCUGUUUUUGGACCAAACUUUUUUAAGUCGUUAUUUGGUUCUUUUUCAGUUGAUAAUAAUUGUGAUUCUAAUGUUUCUAACUCUUCAGCUGAUGACAGUGUGGCAGAUGUGGUCCCUCAGGACGCAUUCAUGGAUGUCCCUAAUGUUGAAUCUAGUGGGACCCCGUUGGAAACCGUGGUUGAAAGCAAAUCUCAAGAAGAUUCACAUGAUACAUAUGUUGAAGAAACAUGUGUUGAUGAAACUUCUGCAUCUUUAGAAAUUAAAACUGGAUCUAAUUUUGUAAAGGAAGAGGUGGUCAUAAUCAAUGAACAGUCACAAGAAAAUGUUUCUGAAAAGGAAAUUAAAACAGAAACUGAAUCGUCUUUUCAAAAUGAUCCUGAUAAAAUUAUAAAAGACGAAAAACAUCAUCCAUCUGAAUCUCAUGCUUAUGCUAGUUCUGAUCAACAAGUACAGAAGAACUCAGAAAAGGCACAUGGAACACAGACAUGUUUCCACUGUGGAAUUCCUGGACACAUUGCUAGAAAUUGUGUUCAUCGUCCAAAAGUGCAGCAAAAUGCCAAUACUCACUCUAGUGCUGGUGUUUGUGAGCCGGUUCACAACACACAAAAGGAGCCAAAACGAGAAGAUCAAAAUCAGGGAUAUAAGAAGUCUGCUCAUCAAGAACAAUCACAAUCUCGUAAGGCUCGUGACAAGGUGAUGAAAAGUUCCAAUCAGGGAGAAAAGACGAAGAAUGGUGCUCAGAGCAACAAGACUUUUGCAAACAGCUACUACAAGCAUCCAAAUUCAUCUUUGUCUAAGAGAAAUGUGCAGGCGCAUCCAGCGCAAAAAGGACCGGUUUGUCCUUCAGGACCUGCUAGAGCGAAUCAUGCUGCUCAAAACGUCUUUUCGGUGAAAAGACAAACAUGCUACAACUGUGGCAUUGCGGGUCAUAUUGCUAGAAACUGCACAAGGCGUCCCUGCGUACCCAACUGUAUGCAAAAUCAGAGGGUUACAUCAAAGGAUAACAAUCAUUCCAAGCCAAUGAAGGGUUCUCAAUAUUAUUGUCAAGAAGAUCUGGAUUACUACAAUGAGCAACAUUAUUACCAAGAGGAGUAUGACCAUUGUUAUGAUAAAUACUCUCGACUUUCUUAUGAAGACCAUCCGGUACACUAUCAGGAUGCCUAUCAUACCCAGUAUACAGUUGAUCAGGAUGAGUCUGAAUGUGCACCCCAGUCACCUAGUUACUAUCAAUCACCCCAAUUUGGAAGUCUUAUGGAAUAUAUGAGACAAAGAGAGCUGGCGUACAUUGAAAAGGAAUUGGCGAAACCUGACCUGUCAAUAGAGGACUAG